GAACUCACCGCCUCUGUUGCCUAGGUGAACACGCUAGCCUUCAGCUAACUAGCUCUGUUUCUUGAUAGGGAACGUAAGAAGAAGGUUUAAGUAGCACCGAUAAUCACGAAUGACAUCUGUCGUCUCUGGUGGAUUGUGUUCGCCACGAAUCUUAGGUAAAUGCUUUGUUCCGUUACCGGGUAAUCUAUUACGUCCGGAAUAGAAGACGUAACGUUACUUUGAAGUCAGAAUGGGUUUCAUGUACGGCUAAGGAGCUAAAGGGAGCUAGCCGGAUAGCUUCAUACGAGACAGUUUCAGGUUAUGUGGAUGCUUAUGAGUGUAGCUUGUAGCUGGACACCCUGCUAGCUAACAUGGACUGUUUGUUUCCCAUCGACUCUAAUGGUAUCUCAGAUAGGUAAAUACAAUGACAAUAUUGCAUUCACUAGAUAGCUAGAAGGCCGACGCGAUUAUGGAGUCUUUCCUGCAGAUAGCUCCUCAUUCCCUGGCUAUAGUGUUAACGAGGGUCGGGGCUGGGGAGGCGGUGGGGGUAACAGGGGUAUCGGAGAGCGACGAGCUGCCGAGACACCACACCGGCUAUGAGAUUUUUGCCGAUUUCAAGGCAGAAAAUACUAAGCAACAUGUGUGGAACCAGCGGAUUACCGAGGCUGUCUCCGAGACCUUCUUCCUGGGAUGGAUAGACGAGCAUGUGCUUUUGAUACAGGGAAAGGAGGACCAUCUGGAGGUGCUGAGGGAGGGAUGGAUGCGGAGGUCCCUCAAUCCACCUCGGGGAUUCACCAUUAAAUACCUGGGUGAUGUGUCGCCCAUCAGUAUGUCCCCCAUCAGCCAGUCGCAGUUCAUCCCUUUGGGAGAGGUAUUGCUUUUGGCUAUCUCUGCUAUGAACUCCGCCCAUAAGCCUGUCACUCAGGAGGCCCUCACUGAACACCUGCAAUCAUGUUUUCCAGGUGUUCCCACACCAACGGAGGAGGUUCUGCACCAUACAUUAAGCAUGCUGGUCCGUGAGCGGAAGAUAUACCCAACAUCUGACGGAUAUUUCAUUGUAACCCCUCAGACUUACUUCAUCACUCCAAGUCUUAUCCGAACCAGCUCUAAGUGGUACCACUUAGAAGAACGAUCCGCUGACCGACACCAACAGCAGCAACAUCAGAACCAACAGCAGCAUCAGCAGACACAGUGCAUCUCCCCUCUCUCUGGGACUAUCACCCCGUCCACUUCUGGAGCUGUGCGAGAUCGAACACACCCAAAAUCCAGCCAAAACAACAGUGGGGGAGGCGGUGGGGAUUCUUUUUAUAAUAGUCACCGUGGAGAGGAUCUCCCCAGCCACCAUACAACACUGCAGCGCCGAUCCCCCAAAGACCACCGGGAGGCAUAUUCAUUCCCACACUCUCCACAAACACCUCCUCAGCAAGCAGGAGGCAACACUGAAAAGAGUCGCAGCGCCCUCGGGUUCUCUUUCAAGACGGACACACUUACCAAGCACCGAGGAGGGGGCGGUGGGGGAGGAGGAGGAGGAGGAGGAGGAACUGGAGAGGUAGACAAACAAGCAAGUGGAGCAAGUGGCACAGGAGGUCGGAAAUUUGGUUUGAAACUGUUCCGUCUGAGCUUUAAAAAGGACAAGACGAAGCAGCUGGCCACCUUCUCUGCACAGUUCCCCCCUGAGGAGUGGCCUCUCCGUGAUGAGGACGCACCAAGCCAGCUGCCACGCCAUGUAGAGAUAGAGAUCAUCCGCAGAAUUAACCCUGACCUCACCAUUGAGAAUCUCGCCCGGCACACAGCAGUCAUGAAGCGUCUUGAAGAAGAGCGUGCCCAGAGGAGCAAAGCAUCGUCAGCCAAUCAGAGCUCUAGGAGCAGAAGAAGUGGGGGUAGACACAGGAAGCAGUCUCAGACCAAACUUAGUCGCUCACAUAGCAAAACAAGGGUGUCCCGUGGUGAGCAAAGCGAUGCUUCCCGUCUUGAGCUGGCUGACAGGGACUACAGAGCCUACUCAUCAUCACUGGCUCGGUCACCGAGAGAACAUGCCAUGGCCAUGGAGCGACAGCGGGCCCGGCUACAUCUGGCACACAGCAACCCCAAUAUCCUUGACUCCUCCCACUUGCCUGUGACCCCUGAGUGGGAUGUAUCCGGAGAGCUUGCCAAGCGGCGCACAGAAAUGCCUUUUCCCGAGCCAAGCCAUGGCCCAUCAGCCCACCACUCCAAAGUCCACCGCUCACACUCCCACACCCAGGAGAGGAAGUCCAGGAAUGAACGCAGUGAUAAGGCCAAGGAACGUUCCAGAUCCAUGGACAAUUCUAAAGGACCUCUUGGCGCUGGGUUGAUUGGACCACCUGAUUAUUAUGAUGACCGCAGCCGUUACUAUACUGAUGAUGGCACCCUGCGAACCAAUCAGAGCUCUUCUCACUAUUCACGUGCCACACCCCCUGCAGCUAAGCUGCCUGUGGAUUCUCUGGGGUUGGAUGAUGGCAGGAGCUUAGAAAAGAGUAAGAACAGGGACAGCUUGCCAGCAUACUCACCCAAACCCCUGUCCACCUCUGGCCCUCCUGAUGAUUACUUCCACUAUACAGGAUUCUCUGAAGCUGUUCUCACAGUAGCAAACCCACUAGGAACUCUGGGCAAAAGUAGCCACGAUGGAUUGAAACUAGGCAACAAUGAUAGGCAAACAGACAGACUGACACCCCAUCCCCUGGAAAAUAAGGAGGACUUCUCAAAAGUGGGACCUAAGGGUGGCAGCCUGCCUCCAAUACCUCUCUCCACCCCUGACCUCCCCCUUCCUAAUGGACGACCUCCCCACAGUGCCUCCUCAGGUCAGGAGAAACGUAAGGAGAUAUUUAGUAAGGACACACUUUUCAAACCUCCUCCAAGCCUCCCACUGUCUGGCUACAGCUCUCUGAGGAAACCCUCGGCCCUCGCCUCCAAUACUUUGUCCUUUUCCUGUGAUGCACUUGAUUCCCAAGAGGCCUUUGAUGCUCCAAAACCUCUGGUGGCCACACCACCUGCUCACCCACAGGGGCUUGAACCCAUGACCACCCCUGCAGAGGCCUCCUUUGACUACUACAAUGUCUCAGACGACGAUGAACUUGAGGAGGGAGGAACUAAAGGUCGAGGAGAGGAUGAGAAGGCUGGAGGAGGCAUUGUUGGGAUGGGAGGUGGUGGAGCAGGGACCAUGCAGUGGCUAUUGGAGAGAGAGAAGGAGAGGGAUCUACAAAGACGGUUUGAAAGAACCCUCACUUUCCCUGGUGCUAAAGAGAACCUUCCAGAGCCCAGUCAGAACCAGCAGUCGGCCCACUCCGCUAGAUUGGACAGUAUGGAUUCUAGCUCCGUCACUGUUGACAGUGGAUUCAACUCACCACGAACAAGAGAGAGCCUGGCGUCGAACACCUCAUCCAUAGUGGAAAGUAACCGUCGACAGAACCUUGCGCUGAGCCCCGGCCAUCUAGGCAUAACAUCUGGCAACGGCCCCCCCUUCUCCUUCCGCACCAUCCCAGAACCUGCCAGCACCCAACCUGAGAAACUCCAGAAGCCUAGCGCCUGCCUUGCGUCAAUCACCAGCGUCUAGAAGCAGAUACAAGGGAUGGGUGGAGCGCUGAGAGCCACUGGACAGAGGCCAGAAAUAAAAGUCCCACCUCCAAGGACUGUUACAUCUUAAGUCUGACAGACUGUCUAAAUCAGUGGAGCUGCCACAGGUCCGCUGUGGAGCGAUAUCUGAUAACACACAGACACACAUGCAAUCAGAGGAUUUGUGACCACCAGGAAACUGAUAUAUCUCUCUCUAGCUCUCGCUCUCUCUGUCUCACACACACACGCACACACACACACCAGGCCACUGGGCAGACUCUGACCAUGUCAUUCUACAGCCUCUAGUUUACACACAGCUGAUGUGUUGUUUCACCUAAGUGGGUUCUAGUAGUGUGUAUGUGUGUGUGCAUGUGCGUGUGGGUGUGUGUGUAUGUUCGGUGGGAGGUGGUGGGGCAGGUGUUUGGGUGUUUGUAUAAUCUGUAAUCUCAGGUCAUGUUAUUUCCACUUCCAUUCCAGCUGCUCCAGAUGAGUGCAUCUCCCUCUAGUGAAGACUCCUGGUGUUGCACACUGACGAGACACAUCUCUGCUGCCUACUAUUACUGAAUUUGUUAGCUCUUCGUUAAAUUUAUCACCUGCAGAAACCCUGUUAGGUGCAGUGCCACAGCAAGUCACAUGAAAAUAAUUUUCUUGACUCUAUUCCAUUAACAAUGUGAGGUGGUUUGUCAAAUCAGUAACCUCUAACAAGGACUGCUUUUACUAACACCCACUGUAGAAUAAAGCUAAGCAGUUCAUGCCAUGAUUCUCAUCUAAACUGCCUGAACACUGUUGCCAGUUUUUAACCAGCUUGUAAGUGUCCUGUCCAACUGUUGUCACAUAUAUUAACAGCCUAUGGUGUAGCUCCAGGAAUGAGAUUUUUGAUUGCAAACCGUUGACACUUAAGUACAGACAGAUUUGCUCCAGUUUUUUUCCCUUUUGUUAUGUGACCCCUGAUUGCCCAUGGGAUGUAGCUGUGUUGUGUUUCAGCUCAAAUCCUCUGCCAUUCCAGCCAGUGUGCCAGUGUCCAAUGGACAGAUGCUCUUUUCUCCAUUCCACUUUCGUAAAAAGGCCAGGUGUGUUUUUCCCAAAAAGUAAAGUUUAUUAAAGACUGAGGAUUAGAAAUGAUCUGUACAGCACAGAGACAGACUGAGUGGUAAUAAAACAUAGCAACGCAUUUGAAAUAAACAAAAAAUAAAACAUUGAAGAAAUCUGAGAGGUGACAUUUGAAAAGCUAAAUGCAGUAUUUACAUUACAAUACAAGUAAGUGUUUGCACAGUAUACAACUGCCAAUAUGUAUUGAUGGCUAACAUAAAAUUCAAUGGCAUGCUCCAUUCUGUUACUGUCUUUGUUUUAAAAUACUGUACAUUUAGCAAAACUAGUAUUCUUGUUCAUAGAGUCACUUCACAGUGGUGUUCCCGUUGCAGGGCCUGUGUCCACGUAGCGUUGUUUUUUGGGGGCCAGCAUCUUUUUUUAAUCGUUUCCAAUGAAGAUGCAGUGCAUUUUAUUGAGGUCCUGCCAGUGAGGUCACAGAUUGCAACAGCUGCCAUUCCGGCAUGCAGAACACGUUUUUGUCAGUUCUGCUACGACGUAAAUGUAUUAAUACUAACUGCUGAUCAUGCUACUUGGUCACAGCACUAAACCCACAGUUACACGUCAUCUUAUUCCUUUUACAAAGUAUCACUGAUACUUGGUGGUGAUCAUGUUGUAAAGGAUGUCUUUUGGGUUAAGGGACCUGUGGCCCUGUGCUGCAAGUCAUCCCCACUUUCUGUCAUCCUGAAUAAAAGGCCCAAAUCAAGUAAAUAAAUUGUCUUACAUAGCUUUAAAAGAUGACUGUACAGAUGUAGAUAAAGCAUUUAGAUUCAUAAAAGUAAGUCAGAAAAUGUAGGCUUAUCAUGAAGAUAAUUAGAUCCUCAUUCAAGCAUGAUCAUACUACAGCACAAUGUCACCAUGUUCCACCAUGAUCUGUAAGCCACGCUCUCUAGAAAUUAAUUGUGAGGCCUCCUUUAUUAUUACAUAUUUUUUUUGUAUCAGGACGAGCUGUGGUUACAUGUGGACCAAUGUGCACAUGAACACCUGAGCAGGAAUUGCAUAGCAUCACAGUCAUGUACUUCCCUUUUCCUUGUACUGUUUUUCUCUAGCUCUUUAGAGCUCAGGUGAGACCUUAGGUGGUCAGAGGGUUGUACAUCAAGUGUUUCCUUUUCAUUGCUGUUGCUGCUGUGACAUCUGAAUUUUCCUCUUGAGAUUAAUGAAGUCUUCUCUUCUCUUCUCUUCUCUUCUCUUCUCUUCUCUUCUCUUCUCUUCUCUUCUCUUCUCUUCUCUUCUCUUCAGCAUUGCACUGAACACUAGAUUGCAUAAUCACAGCAGGACCUCAAUAAACACAUAAACUAAAAAAAAAAUUUAUUUGUUUUUAUGUGGACAGAUGUCACCGUUUGUUGCUUGGAUUCCUUUUGCGGUUGAAGUGAUAGGAGGCUGGGGAGAGAUUGGAUAGCGAUAAAUAGAACAUGUGGGGAAAAUAAUCAAAGCACCAUCAUUCUAUUAAACACACAAAUGCGUCAACUGAGUCAAAAAUGUGAGAGAUUGGACUGCUUGAAUGGCAGAGCUGCAUCCAAUAUAGAGCGGUCGUGGUCACAUCCCUGUUGAGCUUCACAACUCUGUUGUAAAAAACAAAAAACAAACAAAAAAAAGAUUUGAUGACUUCUAAGAGUUAUUCAAUUUAAACCAGCAAAAAACACUGAUUUGAUUACAGUUCAAUUUAAGUUUGGACGUCAGAGAAAGUACAUUCUGCAGCAUGUUUAAGGCCUGACCAGAGUGCACGAGGGCACAUUUGUUGGGAGCAGCUGUAUUGGCACUUGGGGUGGCUGAGUGUCGAACAAGGAAAAUAAGAUGCGAUUCUAGCAAAAACUCAUCCAAACCAGUAUUACACACAAGCAGGGAUGUCACUUUAUUUUUUUAUUUCAGUAGUUCUUUAUUCAUAUACAACUUUAACAUUAAUUUACCUUUCUACCAAGUUCAUGACUACUUUAUUUUUUCUUUCAACUGUCUGAAUCCAGUCCUCAAGUCACUCUCACUCCUGGUGCUAAGAUGUAUUAUGGUCAGUGAGGCCAUGCUAAUAGUAAUAAUAAAAAGAGUGAAAAUAUAUUUGGAAUACAGUAUUAAAUGGCUGCUUACACGUUGUAUUAUAGGUUAUGUGUCACCUGCAUAGUAAUUUGCUAUUUUAAUCCCUUCUAUGAAGCAUUUGGAUGAACAGGACUGGGAUUACACAGUGACUGAACCUAUUGACGGGGUGACCACUGACUAUGGCACAGAUAUGAAAUACUUACAUUUGAAUUGUGUUGUUUAAUUAUAAUCCAGACCUGAGCUGACCUGGAUUUAAUGAUCUCAAAAUGCCUGCAGUCCUAUAGAUCCUGUCCUCCUAUAGGCUCAGGGAGCUGUCAGUCAUCCCAGUGUUGUUGUCCCACAAGGCUCCUUUACAACUACCUCCACAGCAGCAAAAACACAGUCCAUCCUUUCUACUAUCACACUGUCAUCAGCCUCUAGCCUGUGAAUGUCUAUACACACACAAAUGCAUAGACACACGUAUAUACACUAACACACUACACAUCCAGGUGCUGGACUCCCUGAUUUUUCCCUUUCUUCGCUUACAACGGUUCUUUCAGUGGUACACACUUUAAGUGUGUUCAUGCUUUCCACACAAAGGCAGGGGGAUAAGUCUGCCAGCUUAGCCUCUUCUUGGCUAAAUUAAUGUCGACAUCAGAAAUGAUUGUUGUUGCUUGAUCCAGCGAGCACUUCAUUUGAAUCUUACUGACCCUUUAAGUGUGCCUCAGUAACAGAUGCAAGUAGAGCUGCUUUUGGUUAAUGAAUGGUGUAUAUAAGGACAUUUGUCAUUCUCACUUUCAGUUAACUGAUGUUUUUUUAACAAAAAAAAUAUUUCCAUACAUUUCUCUCAAUGUGGGAUGUUCAGUUCCCUUGCCUUGCAGUCCUUGUCACAGCUAACUGUACUGUUGGUCUGGGCAACAGUACUGGCACCACGACUCACCAGUAGGAGUCACAAGUGUGCUCACAGGGACAACAACCCUUACUUGACCUCUUACUUGCAAAUACAUUGGGCUCUUGUGUCACUUCCUGUUUCUGACCGACACAGUUGUCAUUUUUCCACCCAGUGCCCAUCCAUGCUGUGUAAGUAGCAAAUGUAUGUGCACCUAUUUGUGGGACUAUCUUAAAAUUAAGUGUGGUCAGGUGUACACCCUUGGGUGCAUUGCUAUGCUGAGGGAGCAGAAAGCAUUGACCAACAAAAAUGUCUACAGUCAUACAGUAUUCUUCCUGCUAUUUAAAGGGCACAUUAUUCAGAUAGUAAGAUAUGCCUACAUAUCUGGGUUCACAACUGGUGAACACUUACUUCAGCAAUUAAAAAGGCUGCUUUCAAUAAUUUUUAAUAUUUCCGUGCAUGCAGUAAUGUCACUGCAGCAAAUGCUGCGGCACAUUUAAGCAGCAAAACGAUAAACAUUAGUUAUAAACUUGACAGGGCAGAUGAAACUCUCCAGAGAAAAAGGACUAUAUUUAUAAUUAUUUUUUAUUUUCUGAAAUAAGUAUCUGUAGACAGCUCUGAUGGGGCUCAGGAUUUACCAGGAGGAUGGCUGCUUUACUCCAAACAAUAUCCCUGUGGGAAGUUUAGCUUCUGUGCCUCAUCCAUAAAUGCGCGCUCUAACUCUCUUAAUGGAGAGACACACUUGUCCUCUCUGCUGCUGUAGAACUGCUACAGGAAAUCAAUAUGUUCUUCAUUAAAGACUAUUUCAACCAACUGCCUCCCAUCCACUCUUAGUCAGAAUGGUAUUUUUUGACCCAUCCCGCCUGAUCCAUGCAUCACAUUUACACAUCGGGAUGGCAAUAUUAGUUUUAUUCUCUUACAUUCAAAUAGAGCUGGUGUGAGGUCCACCAGCCAAAGACCACAUCCCUGACUACUAGUGAAUACGAGUGCUGUUGUUUAAAUUGCAUUGCAUAAAAUUUAAAAAGCUGCUCCCUGGCACAACAUGCAGGAAUGAGAGAUAAAAUGCUGAGUUGUUCAGUUUAUGUUAUAAGCAUAACCACAUGUACUACUAAUUAAGUCUAAAUACAAUCCCUUUUUUGCGUUACCCUUUAGUUUAAACCCAGAUUAUCCACUGUUUAACAAGCAAAAGGGAGUUAAAUGCACUUGAGCCAUACGCCAUAGAUUAUUUAAAUAGGGCCCUGUGUUUUUUGGAAUGCACAACCAAACCAGGAGUAGAUUUUCUUUUCCCUUACGGUUAAUUUUUCAUUCCACUACUGUAUUCAGUUCUGCUCUGCAUCUUGCCACUUACCGUACGAGGAAGCUGGAUUGGUGCGAUCACAUGGUCAUGUGAUGUUGCAAAUCCACACACAGUGGUUGAUGUGAACAGUGUCUAGAUGGGAACUACUGCCAGCUGUGGGCAUGGCUUAGAUGUGACAAGUGACAAGAACAAUUUGAGAACAAUAAUGGAACCUCCUUGAGGUUAGCUUAGAUGCUGCAAACAUUAGUUUAUUAAGAACUGGAUAGUAUGUUUAAAUCAAAAAGAACAUAGAACGGCACCAAAGGCAUUUUCUAAAUUGGAAAAAAAAGUUUGCUCUCAUCUCUUGACUGGCUUUGGUAACUUUGAUAUAAAAUCUGGCAAUGCUGCCAGCUAUGCUCUCCUACUCUUGAUCUGAUUUGCUGAAGUUAGCCUAUGAUUGAUUGUGACUGACAGAUGGUUUGUCCAAUCAUCUGCAAGAGUUGAAAGUGCCUGUCCUCUUCGAACAGUUUCUAGCAGCGCCUUUCUAGUUGGUUCUGUGACAAACCAUCUGGCGUAUCCAGUUAUCUUGCUACUACACAAGGGUCCACAUUAUUUGUUACCACCACAAUCAAAGGUUCAGUGUGCUUCAAACUAUGAAUACAGAGGCUUUAACUUCUUCUCCCUCUAAACAAGGUUAAUGGUUUAUAUUCUAUCCCUUUUUAUUGAUUUGUCUGUUUUACUGUUUGUGAUUCUGAUCUCUUUUCUACCACUGGGAUAGUUCUUGGGUUAUAGUCCCUAGAAUGUGCUAAGGACUAAAAUCCAAGUCUUAUUUAAACUUGGGGGUGGUGCCAAUAAGUCUGAUUCUAGUUUCUUUUCUUGGAGUAAUCAAGGAUUGUAGCCAUUAGUCUACAUUGUCAGAGGGGGUAUCAUAGUACUUGUCAAUGCACUAACCCAAUAAUAGGCUUCAAAUUCCUUACAAAGCACACAACAGUAGGCUUUAAGUCUUACUUUAUCAUUACAAGAGGGUUCCAGACCCAACAAUCUCUACAAAUGUUUGUAGUGCCAGUUCUACCCAUGAACUUUGUUUUUAUCCCCUAUUCUAUGACCAUAGAUAGACAUGCAGACAAGCAUAAAUCCAGAUUAUGUUGCUGUUGCAUCUUUAUCAUUUAGGGGUUCCUUGUCCCUACAAAUACAGAAGGUUAACUUUCUUUUGUACCACUAGUCUUGGGUUAACCACUACAGUUCAGUUUCUGUCCCUACAGUGUAAUACAGGGCUGCAACUAAGUACUAUUUUGAUCUCUGAAACAUUUUUCUAUAAUUUUCUCAAUUCAUCAGUUAGUUGUUUUGUGUAUAGGAUGUCAGGAAAUUGUGAAAAAUGUUGAUUGGCGUUUCCCGAAACCCGAGAUGACAUCCUUAAAUAUCUUGUUUUGUCCACAACCCAAAGAUAUUCAGUUCCAUCAUCAAGAAGUAAAGUAACUAGAAACUGUUAACAUCGAAGAAGUUGGAAUUAGAUAUUCAGAUGUUUUUCUCUCGUAAAAAUUACUCAAACCAAUUAAUUGAUUAUAAAGUAGUUGCAGAUUAUUUUAAUAGACACCUACUCAAAAUAUUGCUGUUGUUAAAUCUCUGUUCUACCAUAGUUUAGGGUUUUUACUCCUGUUCCACUGACAGUGGACUUCUUCUCUCUGUUCCACUAAUAAAGAAGGGAUGUAGUCCCCUGCCUGAUGGAGGUCAUGGGUUCCAUUCUUCACGUCUGAUUGCACUGCCCCCACCCCAAUCCUCCCUGCUAGUGUCUGGCCCAGUGGCCCUCCUUCAACACCUAUGCCCCUCCAGCCACAGUCCUGUAACUUUCCAUCCCUUUUGCUACACUGACAGUCCAUGAAAUGUCUUCCCUUAACAUCGGUGGUGGUUUAUAAAAAUGGAGGUUAAACAAUAACUUUGUUUCUAAUAGUGACGACAUGUCAUACCUGUAAAUGAUGUUUAUCUGUCAUGCCUAGUCAAAUAAUUUAAACAAUAAAAAGAGGGAUUUUUUAAAUGUCUAAAUAUCUGAAAGUCCCUUUGGUGUGUAGUAUGGUGUUACUGUUGUUGUAGUGUAUGUGAUACCCUAUAGGGAUUGUGCUACUUUUUAAGAUAAUAAAAAACAAUGUUUGGUUA